UUAAAGAUUUGUAAAACAUCAUGAAAUUAUUGAUCGCCUUUGCAUUUUUCGGUAUUUUUGCGGCUGCCCAGGGAGCUGCAAUUACCACAUAUCCUCUUGUACCAACAACAGCCGCCGAUGGUACUCAACUAUAUAGCGACGUUCCCUACGAGGUAGGACCGCAACUUAGGUCCGGAGGUAACCUUCUUGGAGGUUUACCUCUUCUUGGCGGUUCACAUCUCCUUGGUGGUUCGCUUCUUGGUGGUUCAUCUCUUCUUGGAAGUUCCGCUAUACCAUGGGGAGGAGGAAGUGUGUACGGAGGAGGAUUAUUGAAUAAUAAUUUCUUACCCAUACAACUCUCCAUUCCAAAUCUUUUGAGCAGUCUCUUGGUCAACAUAUAA